AUGGCAGACGAGUUCAUUGUUAUGCCUUCCCUAGGAGACCAGAGGAGAAGGCUUCAAAUGCUGUCAUUACAUCUUCAGGGUGCUUCAGUCUUUUCUAAGAUUGACUUGAGAUUGGGCUAUCACCAAUUGAAGUUUCGAGUAGAGGAUAUUCCAAAGACAGCCUUCCGGACCCGUUAUGGGCAUUAUGAGUUCUUGCACAAGAAGCAUUUGAGGAUAGUUCUAGGGUUGUUGAGGGAGAAGAAGCUAUAUGCCAAGUUUUCCAAGUGUUAUGUGGUGAUGCAAGAGGGUAAGAUGAUCGCAUAUGCUUCGAGGCAGUCGAAGGUCCACGAAAAGGACUACCCCACUCAUGACUUAGAGUUUACAUUAGAAGGAUCUAAUUCGAGGCAGCGUAGGUGGAUGGAGUUGCUCAAGGAUUAUGACAUGACCAUUCUAUAUCAUCUAGGGAAAGCUAAUAUGAUGGUUGAUGCGUUGAGCCGAAAGGCAGUGAGUAUGGAUAUCUUGGCGCGUUUGAUUGUGGGAGAGCAUCCUUUAGCCAUGCAGGUUCAGUGUUUGGAUGUGAAGUUGUAUAACAUUGGGGAUAAGGUGAUAAGUGGGGAAUUCAAAGAGGCUAUUCUUGAUGAUGAGGGUGUCUUGAGGAUCAAGGGGCACAUCUACGUUCCUAGAGUUGGUGAUUUGAUUAAAUUAUUUUUUAGAGAGGCUCACAUUUCUAGAUACUCCAUUCAUUCGAGUGCUACAAAGAUGUAUCGUGACUUAAGACAACAUUACUGGUGGGGUAGAAUGAAGAGGGAUAUAGUGGAGUUUGUAUCUCAGUGCUUGAAUUGCCAACAGGCUAACUAUCAGCACCAGCGAUCGGGUGGUGUGACUCAGAUGAUGCCCAUUCCCGAAUAG